UCCUCCCCGCGCGUCCCCGAUCAACUACAGCAGUUCCACGAUCAGUCCGAUCGGUGAAACUCUCCGGUUUUUCAGCCGCUUAAACUCGGUCACACCGCGCAAGGGAGCCGAACCCGAUGGCUUCGACGACCUCUGACGGCCCCGAGCGAGAGUCGCCGAACCCGAGCGAACAAAACGGCGACGGGAGCGAAACGGGCCUGCGCGCCGCCGACGACCAGGAACCGGCCGUUAAGAUGGACGCGGACGGAGCGGAGACGAACGUGAAGUCAAACGGAGAACAAAGGCCGGAUGGAGCCACGAGGGGAGACGACGGUGGCGACGAGGGCGAAACCGAACCGCAAGCGGAGAAAGAGCAGCAGAAACCCCCCGGUAGUGCGGACGGGACGGGGGAGCCGCUGAAGAUAGAACAAAGGGAGGAGGAGAACGCGUCCUCGCCGGCGGAGAAAAGCGCUAACGGCAGCGGCGCGAUGAAGAGACGCGCGAGUCUGGAGUUGAGCUCGUCCUCGGAUGGAGAGCCGCUCAGCCGCAUGGACUCUGAGGACAGUAUUAGCAGUACUUUGAUGGACUUGGAGAGCAUCGCGUCCAGCGGACGAUCAACUCCAGCUAUGAUGAACGGUCACGGCGGGGCCUCUUCAUCCUCAGUUAAAGGCUCAUCUUAUCCGUGCUGCUGGGACCAGUGUCAAAUGGUGUUCAACACCAGUCCAGACCUGGCAGAACACAUCCGCGGGGUCCACGUAGAUGGCCAGCGUGGAGGGGUGUUUGUGUGCCUUUGGAAAGGUUGUAAGGUAUAUAACACACCAUCCACCAGUCAGAGCUGGCUUCAGAGACACAUGGUGUCCCACAGCGGAGACAAGCCAUUCAAGUGUGUGGUGGGCGGCUGCAAUGCCACCUUCGCCUCACAGGGGGGGCUGGCGCGCCACGUCCCGACCCACUUCAGCUCCCAGAACUCCUCCAAACUCUCCAGUCAAGCCAAAGUGAAGGAAGAGUCGCCUUCCAAAGCGAGCAUAAACAAACGGAGGAAACUCAAGUACAAGCGCAGACGCUCCUUACCAGUCUGUGUCUUUCCUCCAGCGCGGCCUCACGACUUCUUUGAUGCACAGACCAUGGAUGCCAUCCGUCAUCGAGCCAUCUGCCUCAAUCUAGCGACUCACAUUGAGAGUCAGGGCAAGGGCCACAGCGUUGUGUUUCACAGCACGGUGAUCGCCAGGCGAAAGGAGGAUUCUGGGAAGGUGAAAGUGCUGCUUCAUUGGACGCCGGAGGACAUACUUCCAGACGCUUGGGUUAACGAGAGCGACCGUGCACAGCUGAAGACCAAAGUGGUCCAUCUUUCGCAGCUUCCUCAGGACACAGCCGAACUGCUGGACCCCAACGUCUACAGCAGAUGGAGCCAGUGUCGCUGCGGCUAACCUCAAGUGUUUUCUGAUCUACUGUGAUGUGCUGUGGAGACCUCAGGGGGAUGUGGGUGGGAGAUCAAAAGCCUUCCAUAAGACAAUGUUAAUUUAUCAAAGCCGAGCGUUCGCCUGUCACCAGUAAAUCACCUUUGACCUUCUCCUACAGACCUCUCCUCCAGGACAUUAUUAAAUAUAUCAUUUCUCUGUUUAUUAGAAUUCAUUUUAUUUUUUCAUCAGAGUGGAAUUUUUUUAGGCAAAUUUGAACGUUGUUGAGGGUGGAAAUGUGUUUGUAUUCAUGCACAUUAAUGACAGCAUGGAACCCUACAAAGUGAGACUUUAAAAGGUGUGCGGACGGAUGCCCAGGUUCUCCGGGGUCUGAAGCACGUGUGCUCUGUGUUUAUGCAUCAGUGUGUUUGUGCUACAAAUAUUCAAUUGGAAAUGGCAGUCGUUCCCUUUGUGUGUGUGUGUGUUCCGUACUAAAGCAGGAUCUGCUUGUUUUCAGGAUGUAUUUCUAGAAGACGGGUGGGAGGGGCCACAUCUGUCAGUGGCAGUGCCCGCUGACGUACCCAAACCGAUGUGGACGUGCCGAUCUUUUGAGACUGAAGAUUUUUUUCCCCUUUUGCUCUUCCCCCCUCUUUUUAAUGCUCAAAGUCUGCCAAAGCAUGCAGUGAAAGUUUAAUGUGUUUUCAUCACUUGAAGAGGAAAAAGAAAAAAUUGUGAAUCCUGUCGGUGCUGGACUUUUAACUGUCUAGGAAGAUUGUUUUCAAAUGUGUUGUGCAUCGCGUUUGAAUCAGUUGAAUUUCAUUCCUUGCGUCCUAAACUCUUCUGACAAGCUCUUAUAAAUCCUGUUUUUUCCGUUUUGGUCAGAAAGUGCCCAUGUAAAUAUUCCAGGAGAUUUGUAAUAUAUUUUUGUACUGCAAAAUGUGACUGUACUGUAGAUAGAUGUAAUAUGCCAAGUUGACAGAUGAUGUAAUUGUACAGAAUGUGAUAGCUGAAUAGUUUGGAUGAUGUAAAUGCUUCCAUACACAUUUUCUUUGUUUUAUUUUAGGUUUUGCGUGCUUUUAUUUAGUUUGACGGUUAAUUUGAACACGUUGCUGCUCCACUCACUGGUGGCGAUGGUGGAAAGCUGUUUACAGUGUGCACUGUUUGUGUGUUAUCUUUGUUAAAGCUAUACACAAGCCAAGGAGUGUAUAGACAUCUCGAUGUAAUGGUGCUAAAGCUAACACUAGCGUUUAGGCUAAUGCACAUAGGACAAUUCUUAGACCAACAAUGAUGGUGCUGUUUAGAUCAAAUAACAAGACCCUGUUCCCCAUAGUUUAUAUUUCUGUCUUUGUAGUAAACCGGACAAUUCCGAAAAACGUGUGUUUAUUUGAUUCAGUGUAUGAACACCACUGGAAUUGUUUAGCAGGUUGCUAACGGAUUUGUAGUAAAAACUUGUUCCAGCCCAUAUAAACCUUCUGUUUUUCAAACAGGACUCUUGUUUAUUAGGUAUGAGGAGGCCGGGGGCAUCUGGGAGUCAUUUUAUUGCAGCAGAUUUGCAAGCAUUGGCACAGGGGCCGUCUGCCAGGGCCCUCAGCUCAGUGUCAGAUGAGUACAGCUGCUGUUUUAAGAGACACCUGACCACUGUUUGAUUUCAUAACAAAAUAAUUCUCCUGUUUCUGUUUACUGUCACACUCGGUUUGGGCUUUACAAUGUGGAAAUUAAUUCUCUUACGACAAGCAUAUUUAAAAUUAAGCUUUCUUCAGGGUUUUCGUACAGUGGGUUUGAGACGCAUUCUGCAUCUACUACAAAUGAGAAGUCAAAAUUUGUGGGUCAAAUUUGUAAUGCAGAUGUAUAUGUAUAUGUUUGACUUUACAAAUGUAUUUUUACAGUUUUGCAUACGCCUGAGUGACAAAUACACAACAUCUGCUGUCUACAUGGCAACUACAAUAAGACUGUUCUUAUGAAACCAUAGUGCUACACAUUUCCAGGGUUUUUGAGUGUUUAACCAGCCCAAUCAUCCAGAUAUAUGAAUUGGUUCCAAAAUUUGGUAAUUAGAAAGUAUUUUUUAACAAGAAGUCAAAAUAUUCUGUUUGCCAUUAUACCAGCCUUGCAUCCAACAUAGCCUUCCAUGUAGUAUGCAAAACUCAGCAUGAGAAAUUAGUAUUUAUUAUGAGUCAUAUGCAGAAGAAGGUUCAAAUGUUUACUCAACAUGUAUACAAAAAAAAGUCUGUCCCAUGAGACCACAGGAGCUGAGGAGCCUCUAAAUACCAAAGUUUAUAAAUUACAAAUACCAGUGCAUUUUGCAAGUUUUAUAGGCAUUAAUACAUUGUACUUGUUUAACAACGUUUGAGUACAUUUUUUUGUGUCUCACGUCACGCAAGUCACCGAAAAAGGGGUCACGUGACAAUGAUAAUAUGGCGGAUGUAUUUUAUAAUGAAGUAGGUGGUAACCUACGUUAUUUCAGACACGCAGGUUAGAAGUCAUGAUGGUUAUUUAAAAUGUCCUGGUUACACGUCUUUAAGUUACUGAUAUUUUGUACAAAUUUCACACAACGCGAUGCAACUGCCUGUCUACACCUGUCACCUCACGUAACGUUACCUCAGCGGUUUGUAGAAACAUCGCGAGCUGGCUUUGUUCUGGCGAUUUGACAUUUGGUAUUAACAAAAUAACUAAUGGAAAUGAAUGUCAAAAUGAACAUAUGUGAUAUUUGUAAGUGAAGUUAUUUAAUUUCAAACGAACUAGGCAAAGAAAGUGACUGAAGUAACGUAACGAAGCUGACGGCGCGAGUCGCCCAACGUGUUUCCAGUUGCCUAUAGACCAACUUUUUGUUUGCAAACAGUGCGACUCAAUUCUGCGGGCGGAGCCGAACUGGUGGCAGAAAGCAUCUAAAUUAUCGUUCUUAACUGUACGUUACAUAAUUUAUUUUGCAUUUGUGUGUGAUAAACAGUAUAGAAAACCUUACCUGAAAUAAAAUAAACACAGAGAAACGAGUAUUCCGGAUG